UCCCCCAACACUGUACUGGAGUGUCAGCCUGGACUCUCUUGAGUUCAAAAGCACUCGUCCCCUAACCCUGAGAAAAGACGCUUCACAUCCAGAACCGAGCCCCAAUUAUUCACAUCGUCCUUUCCUUCGUUUCUACCUCCGUCCUGACCAAGGGAGGCUGUGACUAACAAUAGAAUUGGAAGCUGAGUGGGGAUUUUGUAGGCUUAACAUGUGCAACCAGCUUCUGCUGCUUAGUUCAGGGGAUUUAUUCUAAAUAUAGAUAGCGUUGCGUCAACUAUGUGAAUGUUGCCAGAUUAACCCCUUGCCUGCUGCCAGUGAUUACUCACACCUCAUGCUGAUCCCACGCUAAACAUACUCCAGAGAGUCCCUGAGCAUCCAAAUCCCAAGCUUACACACACACACGCCUCACACACACACACACACCUCACGCCAUCUCACACAAACCUCAUGCCAGCUCACACAAACCCGCCAGCUCACACAAGCACACCCAAUGCAAGUACACACCACCUCACAUGCACCUCACACCAACUUACACACAUCUUUCACCCGCGCACACACCUCACACCAGUUCAGACACACACACACACACACCCAGCUCAUAUACGCACACCUGACACUAGUAAACACUACCUCACACACACACCAGCUCACACACACCUCACACACCUCACGCCAGAUCACACAGCUCACACACAACUUCCACGUAUCUCACACCAGCUCACAAUCAUGUUGAACGUAUAAUCCUAAUUUCCCGUGAUGGAAACAAGCAGUUCCCAUGUCAACAAACUUCCACACCAUCAAUCCCCCACUGCAUCACUUGCCCAUUCCACACUGCAGUGCCAUGCACCACUCAAUCAUCUACUCCUCUCCCACAUCAACAAGCACCACUGCAUCCCCUGCUUCUCCCCAACGGAUUACCAUGCUGCAAUAUGCAUUCCCCACUGCAUCACCCGCCUGUCCCCCAUGCAGGGCCAAACACCCCUGCAUUGGCGAGGUGUCAGACUCCUACUCACACCAACGUCACCUCCUACGUCAACAAUGGAAAGAGAGACAUCUGUCUUGGUCAGUGUGUGGCCUUGGUGCUCAUUCCUCCAACCCGUAUGUGCACACGAAAGUCAACAGCGUGCAAUGUCCCAAUCAGAGCGACCCAUGUGCCCACACUAUCAAUGCCAGGCACCUGCAGUUUGUGCCCAUUGCUUGGCGCGAUGCCUCACAGCGCCUGGUCGCUGGCAAUCAUCACGUGCCGCCCACUUGUUUACCAUUGGGAAGCCCAGCUCCUAGCGGCAUCAGUCGCUGGGCACACUGGCUCAGAACAGGACAUGGUCACUUUGCCAUCCUCCCCUGAUCUCAGGAGGCUGCGUUGGGUCCUGGCAGCAUGUCUGAUGUUGACUCAUUCGGCAGUGCCCGACCUGGCGAGAGACAACGCUGUCCUGGCCAAGAGCGAGGCUGACUAUGUGUUGGCUGAUUACUGGGGUAGAGGCUGCGUCGCUGAAAACGGAUUCGUGUUUGCGGUCGGAGCCAGAUACUACCCCAGUUCAACAGCUUGUCCCUGCACCUGCACCGAGGAGGGGCCGGUGUGCACCAAACCCGACUGCCCUAGAAUCCACCCUCGCUGCAUCCGUGUCACGUACCAAGGCUGCUGUCCACGGUGCCAGAAGAUACGCAAGAUGUGCGAAUAUGGGGGCCGAAUGUUCAAACCCUUCCAGGAGUUCUUGCUGUCUCCCUGUGAGAGGUGCCGGUGUGAAGCUAACCGAGCCGUGUACUGUUUGACCACGGAAUGCGCUCGUGUGCUCUGCGUCAAUCCUUCGUAUGAAUCCAAACUGUGCUGCCCUAUCUGCAAACAGGGCCCUAACUGUUUUGCAGGAAACAUCAUUAUCCCUGCUGGUGUGAAAGUGGAAAUGAAUGCGACUACGCUUUGCUACUGCCCAUACAAGGAUGGCUCCUGGGAACCCCAGCAGCAAGCUACCUGCAUUGCACGCGGCAGAAGGAAUGUCCAUCAUGAUAUUCGGAAGGACAGCCACGUGGAUUUGUGGAGAGAAUGGGAAGAGGUACCGUAGCCCCAUUUCCUGUGCUACGCUGCUCCCCGAGCAGAAACAAGCAUUUAAACUUACUGUCGGCAAUUGUGGCUAAAACUGCGGGUCAAGUUCCCCCGUACAAUGUCUCUUAGUAGCUAUCGUUCGGAGUCAAACGUGCUUUUCUGUUGUCUGUUACUGAUGAACAGCUUAUGGGUGUUCCAGUCACAUACCUGUGCUCAUGUGUAAUGUAUCGUUGCUGGAUACGGAUUCAAAACCUUCCACACUUUUUACAGAUUGCUGGGCAUUUAUUGUAAAAAAAAUAAAAGUUGUUCGGUGGUAGAUACAUUUGAACAGAGUUGUUGCAAAGUCCACGCAUGAACUUUUUUUUGCACUGCCUGGAAUUCAUGAUAAAUAACAAUAAAGAAUGCCCCUGUACCAUAAGCUUUAUGUAAAUUGG